AGCCAACUCAACAGAGCCGCAUUGUAGCAAGCGCAAAAGUAGCCCGCUUUUCCAACGAGUUUUCCCGUACUCCCCCCCUCCUACCACUAGGAGUGAUUCGCCGUCUCUUUCGCUAGUGUGAUUUUCCGAGUUCGGAAACGUGGAUUUUUCGGCGACGUGCCCGGCGACACGAUCGCCGCUGGCCGUUUCGUGAGUCGGCGUCGCUUCAGCCUCGACCCGCGUCUCAACCGGUGAGUGCGUGAUUCGUGGCCCACUGGUUUGUGCGGGUCGCGGCAUCCGAUGCGGCGACGAGUGCUUCGCCACAGCGCCCCGUCCGCGCCCAGCUGAUCUUCGGGAGGGAAGCGGCCGACUCCCAAUGCGGGGAGGCCCCCGGCAGCCCUCGUGCGAGCUCCGCUGCGCGGAAAGCCGACCAUGGCAACAACGGCGAGGACCACUGGCCUACUGCUACUGGAGCGCGGCGCCGCAUUGGGGUCAGGCCCCGUGCUGCUGGCGCGGCGCUCCAUCGCGUACGCCAGCAAGGGUGCCACCGAAGUGAACCCGCAGCCCAAGGAUAAAUCGCGCACCGUGCAGUCCUUCUACAACCAGUCGGCCAUCGAUGUCGCCGCCGCCAAGCCCUCGGUGCGGUUGACGCCCACGACCAUCCUGUACUCGGGCAAGUCUCCCGACGGCAGCCACCUGCUGCGCAGCGCCCAGUACCUGCACAAGGAGCUCCCGGUGAGGAUCGCGCACCGCAUCGCGGGCUUCCGGAACCUGCCUUUCAUCGUGGGCUGCAACCCCACCAUCCUGGCCGUGCACGAGCUCUACACCCAGACAUUUUACCUGCUCACCGAGAUCCCUCCGGUUGUGCGCGUGCAGGUGACGGACUUCGAUUCGGAGAGUCGCUAUUCGGAGACCGUGCAGCAGGUCUUGGACGACCACAAGGACGUCGUGACGCAGCUUGCGGCCGGCUUCAAGGAGUGCCGCAAGCACAUCAAGCAAGAUGAACUGGUGAAGACCUUUCUGGACCGUACCCUGACGUCGCGCCUGGGGAUGCGGAUGUUGGCUGAACACCACAUAGCCCUGCGCAAGGACAGGCCGCAUCACGUGGGCAUCAUCAACACUGCGAUGAGGCCUAAAGAUGUCAUUGAGAAGUGGGCUGACUUUGUCCGGCAAGUGUCUGUGCACAAGUACGGCAAAGCACCUCCGUUCAAGUACAACGGUCACCUCAACUGCUCCUUCCCGUACAUUCAGAUGCCCUUGGAUUACAUCAUUCCUGAGCUGCUCAAGAACGCUGUGCGAGCUACAGUGGAAAACCACAUGGACAGCCCGGAAUCAAGCCUCCCUCCAGUAACUGUCACCAUUGCAAACAAUGACAUUGACUACAUCAUCAGGAUAUCGGACCGUGGAGGUGGCAUUCCUCACGAGCACCUGGGCCAGAUAAUGCAGUACCACUUCUCGACGGCUGGCUCCUAUGAGGCACAGUAUGACGGUGGCCUGCUGGGCACCAUGAUGAACAGCCCCACCGAUGGGCCAGCUGGAGGACCCAUGCAUGGGUUUGGCUUCGGGCUUCCCACAUCGCGUGCGUAUGCCGAGUACCUUGGUGGUACGUUGUCCUUCGAGACGCUCCAGGGCAUCGGCACUGAUGUCUACUUGCGUCUGCGCCACAUCGACGGCAAAUGCGAGAGCUUCCGUAUCUGAGGGGCCUUCCUUCUGACACGUGCUCCUCCUGUGGUGAGCAGGUCAUCAAGAUGACGCCAUCGCCUGCUGCCCCCAUCCAGAAAAUAGCAGCCUCUGAUAGUUCUAUUUACCACUUUUUUUUUUCAACAUUUUUCUGCUCUAGAAAAAUCUACUCUCAUCUCGUAAUUUUAAAUUUUCUUCCUUAAUCGAAGUGUGGAGCCAACUGUAAAAGAUGCAGUUGAUGGAAAGUGCUUUCAUUGGGCUACGUGAAGUGGUGUGCUAAGAAGACUGAGCUGGAAGUCGUGAACAAGUGCUGGUGACUUCUAGUCAAGGAGUGCAGUGUGAGGUUCUGUAGAGACUUGUAGAACACUACUGACUGUUCUCAAAGCCUGCAAAUUUACUCAGCUCGGUGACGAGAGGCCUUGGUGCCUUACGAGACACGUGUGUAACAGUGGCUUUCGAUUAGUUCGCUUUUGUUUGCUGGAAAUAUUGGGCUAAUCACUCACAGUACGGUGAAUCAUAGCCAUUUUGUUGUUGAAAAAUAGGGAUUACCAUACACAGUCGGGGAUGUAUUUUUUUUUUAACCUGGUAGGUCAAGUUCUGUGCAAGGGUGGUCAUGCAAAAUUUUGAUGAACAUGAGGAUUUAAAUUUUGAAUAGAUUUAUUUUGUUCAGUUAUGCCACUGAGCCGGCUUCUUACAGUGUGGACAUUAGUGGAAGCGUGUUUGGAUGAAAGGUGCAGGUACUAUUUCAUUGCUUGUAAAUAAAUGCUAUUUUGUUGCUGUUCCAGUAAUGUUUUGUGACGGCUCGUAUAUUUUCUUCUUUUUUUUUUCCUUGACACACCGCCUCUACUGUUACUCUCUACUUGCGAUGUGGUGCUUUGAGAAAUGCAAGAAACAAGCUUUGUUUGCCUCAGUUCUUUAUGUUGUUUGGGCACGUGAAGGCCUCAAGAGCUUUAAUGCUUUUUUGUGCAGCUCGAAACUAAACUUCAAAGCUCGCUUGUAAACUGGAUAUUGUGCGGAUUGCUAGAUGGUACCUAAUGCAAGCUACACACUUUUUUGCUGCACAUUCUUGACUUCUGUGUGUGUUAGCGCCACAGAUGUAUCCAUGUGUACACGUCAUGUUUUAAUGACGUUUUGAUGAACACCUAGGAGCUAUGCAGAGGUCUUGCCCGGCUCUUUCAAUUUUGUGAAGGGUGUAAACACCGUGUGUGUGCAUGUGCUCACGUGCUCCACGGCCUCCUACUCGGGUGUGCUGCUGUAAGUGUCACAUGUGAUGGCCACAUAGCUAAAUGGCUCGGAUGUUGUGCUGCACGUCGUCGUGUGGUGCUUUGUGAAGCAUGCCAGCAAAGCACAAGAGCUGGGAGUGUCCCGGCCAUUGGAGCUACACACAACCAAGGUAGUUGUCAACUUGUUUUUGGAUGUUUAUCCCCGUGUGUCCAAAGGUUGCACAAGUCUCCCCUUUCAUUGCUUAUUUCCAUCUGUCUGUCGUUGGCAGUUUUUAUUUAGGGUCACCGGUAGGGUCAAUUCGAUCUAGGCCCAUCACCGCUUCACAACUGAGUAGCAUGUGUAUUGCCCCAAAUGUUACACACGAGGGGCUUAUUGUAUGAGCUUGUGCCAGCUAACUUUGUAAGCGCCUGCUACAUGGUCAUCUGUCACCACGGAUGUGUAGGUAGUCUUUACACAGACCGUAGAGGGAAGACUUAUGAUGUACUGAAGAGUGACCCUUGUUUGCUCUUCACUUUUGCUUAGUCAACUAUGCUGCCAAGUGGUGCAAGCGUCAAGUUGUUGUCACAUGCUCAGCAGUUUGACAUUUUGUUUGCCUCUCAGCUGCUACAGCUAGAGUAGAGAUGAAGCAGACAGAAACAACACGUAAUGUUUUCUUUUUUCUUACCUUGUGUUAUAAUUUUGAGUGUAGCGGCAUCCUUCUGGAAGUUUCUGAGGAUCAGAAUUGCACGGGUCAUUUAACUUUGUGCAAAAGCUUGUGUGGUAUGGCAUCAUGUGGGUGUGAGACUGAAGAGCGUGGCUUAGGUGAUGCAAUAAAUUGUCCUGUUGUU